GUGCUUCCCCCUCCGGCUCCCCACGGUCGAUGCUGCUUUCCCGUAAGCAGAUUAGUGACUUUCACACCCGGUGGUGCUGAGUGCUGGCCGGUCCGACCCAGAGAGUCCCUGGUCCUCCAUGAGGCUGGAGGCCGCAGCCAGGAUGGAUGUGUUCAGGAAGCUGUGGGCAGCGAGGAAGCUGAUCGUCGUUGUGUUCAUCCCGUUGUCCCUGCUGCCACUACCGCUCAUCCACCCCACCAGCGAGGCAUGCUGUGCGUACGUGCUGAUGGUGACCGCAGUCUACUGGGUGUCUGAGGCUGUUCCUCUGGGUGCUGCUGCUCUGGUACCCGCUUUCCUCUAUCCACUCUUUGGGGUGCUCAAGUCCAGCGAGGUUGCAGCAGAAUACUGUAAAGACACCACCCUGCUGCUGAUGGGAGUCAUCUGCCUCGCAGCCUCCAUAGAGAAGUGGAACCUGCACAAACGCAUCGCUCUGCGCAUGGUGAUGAUCGCAGGGGCCAAGCCUGGCAUGUUGGUGCUGGGCUUCAUGUGCUGCACCGUGUUCCUGUCCAUGUGGCUCAGCAACACGUCCACCACAGCCAUGGUGAUGCCCAUAGCCGAGGCCGUCCUGCAGCAGCUGAUCUGCACCGGCCUGGCCGACGGACACGCCGACUCAGAAACCGUAGAGGCGCCCGAGGACGACAGCGCUGCUUCAGAAAAAGAGGAGGACAACCUGGACAAAAACCAGCUAGAGCUUCUUUACCACAACAACAGCAGUGUCUGCUCUAAACAGGAGCUAACAACACUCAGUGAGGUGCAGUGUUGUGAGGGGAAUGGUGUGGGUCUGGAGGCAACCUCUAACCCGACGUACAUCAGGCACACCAACGGACUCCUGCCUCAGGUUGCGAUUGAGUUCCCAAAUGUGAAGCGCAUCGAAGCCAGGAGAGACUCCCAGUAUCCCACCAAGAAGGAUCACAUGAUCUGCAAAUGCCUGUCGCUCAGCAUCACCUACGCUGCCACCAUCGGCGGGCUCAUCACCAUCACUGGCACCUCCACCAACCUCAUCUUUGCUGAGCAGUUCAACAAUCGGUAUCCAGAUGCUAAGGUGAUCAAUUUCGGCACAUGGUUUAUCUUCAGCUUCCCCAUCGCCAUCAUCAUGCUGGUCCUCACCUGGCUGUGGCUGCACUUCCUCUUCCUGGGCUGCAACUUCAGGGAAACGUGCUCAUGGAGUAAGAAACGCAAAACCAGGAGAGAGAUGCUGUCAGAGAAAAGGAUCCAUGAGGAGUACGCCAAACUGGGACCCAUCAGCUACCCAGAGGUGGUGACCGGUGUUUUCUUCAUCCUGAUGACCCUGCUGUGGUUCACCAGAGAGCCAGGUUUUGUGCCCGGCUGGACAUCCCUAUUUGAGAAGAAAGGCUACAGGACAGACGCCACAGUCUCUGUACUUCUGGGCUUCCUGCUCUUCCUCAUCCCUGCCAGGCGACCUUUCUCCUCCUCCUGCUCUUCCUCCAGUUGUAGGAACACAGAUGCAGAGUCCGACCCAAUGGCUCCCAUGAUCACCUGGAAGGACUUCCAGAAACUGAUGCCGUGGGAGAUCGUGAUCCUGGUGGGAGGCGGCUAUGCGCUGGCUGCUGGUUGUAAGGUGUCAGGCCUGUCAGUGUGGAUCGGCAGACAGCUGGAGCCCAUGAGUGGUCUUCCUCCGUGGGCCGUCACCCUGCUGGCCUGCCUGCUGGUGUCAGCGGUCACAGAGUUUGCCUCCAACCCUGCGACUCUUACCGUCUUCCUGCCCAUCCUGUCAGCGCUGUCAGAGACUCUGCGCAUCAACCCCCUGCACACUCUGAUCCCCUCCACCAUGUGCGUGUCAUUCGGGGUCAUGCUUCCAGUCGGGAACCCCCCCAACGCCAUCGUCUUUAGUUACGGCCACGUGAAGAUCAGCGACAUGGUGAAAGCAGGCUUUGGGGUGAAUCUGAUUGGCGUGGUGGUGGUGAUGUUGGCCAUCAGCACGUGGGGGGUUCCCCUGUUCAACCUGAAUGAGUUUCCAGACUGGGCAAUUGCCAGGAACGUCACUGGGGGCUUAUAACCACCACUGAAUAACUGAGAGACAGAGAGAGAAAGAGAUGGGGCAGUGUUUCUGAAAAAAAAAGGACCGUCUUGCUCAGAGUUUAGCCCUUUAUUAGACGGAUAACUGUACCUGAAGAAGAAGAAAGAAGAAGAAGAUGAUGAAGAAGAGAGAGCAAAAACAAUACCUGUUGAUGCAAUAAUACGUUUUAUAUUGUAAUAACAAGGACAGAAUGCCUUUGUCACAGUGGCCUCUGUGCUCUGACUUCCAGUCACAGGAUUUUUUUUACCAUUGUCAACCAAGUUUGAUGGAGAUUCUGUUUUCCACAAAAUCACUGAAAAUAUUACUCAGAAAUACAAACAUACAGUAUUUAUGGUGAUCAUUAAGUUGUUUUGAUUCAAAAUAGCGAUGUAUAAACUGUUUUCAGGGCCACAUCAUGCCUUAUUAGUUGAUGUUUAGAUAUAAAUAAGCUAUAUGGCCAUACUAAGUAAGCCUCUUUUUACUGCAUGCUUCCUGCUGUACUUUAUGUAUGAUUCUUUAACCAUGGAAAGAUUCCUGAGAGAAUUUGAAGUAUUAUUCUGAUAUAUCCAGUUGUCUUUACUGUCCGAUGUGAAGCCAGAUAAAUGCAUGAGAAGAGGCUUCUACUAAGGCUGAUAAUGUACUGUAUACAUGCAUGCUGGUCCAGCCUUUCAGAUGUGCCUAGUAUCUUAUUUGUAAAGGUGUUUUUGUUCUUUUGGCAACAAAUUGGGAGCUGAUGUCUUGUCCAAAGUUACUGAAGCUGAUCAUACUGUGAACACACCAUAGCGACCUUCCGUAUUACUGCCUGUCAUACCAACGCCUUCCUCCUUAAAUCAUGGAACACAGAAGUGUAAUUGCUUUUUACCGUGCUAUUUCUCAGACAUACGAUUUUAUUAGAUAACAUUAAUAUAUUAAGAAUGUAAGCUGUAUUUAAGGUAUAGAUAGCUGAAUGAACCUACAAGAGUUUAUUUUAUGCAGAUUUUAUUAUCAAGUUACUUUUCAUUGUAGCCUUUCCUUAUCUUGCCAUUUAAGUGGUUUUACACACUCCUGGCAUUAUUUUUUGUUUCUUGACCCGUGUGCCUUUGAUCCUGAAUUAACUUUGUCUUGCUUAAUUACUUUUUGUUGACUUUUGCUUGUUGGUCAGAUGCGUUUUUUUUGUCAUAUUGAAUACAUCUGAAAUCAUAACAUUCAUAAAAUCUUAGAAAAAUCUACUAGCUAUGCAAAUAUGAUGUAUGAUGUAUGAAAUAUACGAUCAAUAAUCAAAAGCUACUGGAGUUAACACAGAAACAUAUAUUUUAAAAUGUGUGAUAUUAGCAUGUUAAGCUACAGGAUGAUCAUGUUUGGUUUUUGUUUUUGGUUACCCUGGAGGUGUGAUUUUUCUCCUGGCAUGUGAAGCUAAAAGAAAUUCAGAGUUGGGAGGUAGCCAAGUUACUUAUUGUGUCUGAAUGCAGCACCCAAAGCCUUUGAGGAGAGAGGUAGCACAGGGUGGGAUUGAACAAAUGUUCAAUUCAAUUUCAAAUCACAAUUCUGUCAUCUGGAGGGGAAAAGGCUUGCACAAAGACAUAGAUGCAAUGAACUGUGCAAAAAUAGCCUCUAUAUUUUUUACACACAUUUUAAUGCAAUUUUUGACUUUUUAUAUCACUGCAUUAUAAGUUUAGGUCAGUGUGGGUAGUGAAAAGCCAUAGAUGCUUUUGUAAUUUGUCCUGCCCUACUGAAGGUUUCAUACAACUUUAUGGUGUAAGAGCAACACUCCUUUGUAAAUAAAUACAGAUUUGUAAUAUAA